UAGGAAACGUUUAUGAUGUUUACUAGCCGAUUUUGUGGUUUCAAGGUUUAUUUUUUAAGAAUGCUCAUAUUAUUUUUGUGUAUAGUGCUACAAUCGUUUCACAAUUGUUUUUUUGUCAUUUUAGACUAGUCUAGACAUACAUUUUAACGGCCGAACUAUACUUCUACACUAUGAAAUUUUGAUCUAAAAAACGUAAAAUUAAUUUUUGCGAUAACGAGAACCGUAAAUUUGCUCCAAGAGCGUUAAUUUUUAUUUCCGGCUUUUCAUGAUUUUCGUAUUGUUAACCUUCUUGGGAUAUGAAUUCUUUGACGAUGUUUAUUUUUAUUUUGAUCAGGCUGAACGGAAGAACUUUCAAUUGUUUUUUUUAACACUAAAAGUUUAAAAUACUAGUGUAUUGCCCACUCUUAAAGCCCGUAGAAAAAACAGAAGCUCUCGAUUCGGUAAAAGCUUUAUACAGACGCGAAAACGCACUGAAAAUGUUCAGAUCGAAAUAAAGUCAGAGACUACUCAAACUCUUUUUCCUUCUAAAACUCAAAAGUUCAUAGAUCUUAAAAUAAUAGAAAGUCAUGUCGCUUUCUACAGAAACUUCUAGAAAUGACAGUCAACAUCCUCUUCUUACCUAUCAACAAACAAGAGCGUUUGAUCUCAUUGUUCGGUGAAUCUACAAGAAUUUGCAUAAAAUCAAGUUGAAAGAUUAAAUAUCAUGGCAAGUCAUCAGAUUGGUUGAUUAACUGACGCUCUCCUAAUCUCUGCGUCUCUUCGAUUCCAGCGCUCUCUGUAAAUCUCAUUCAGGUCAUCAUCGAAUCUUGAUAUGUUCUGAUGAUAACUGUAUUCAUAUUUUGCAUUCUUCAUUUCUUUCCUCUGCUCACAAAUAUAUAUUCUUUACAGUCAUUUCCAGAUAAGCAGAUAGAUAAUUUCUCACCUCGAAACCCCCAAUGCAGAAGCCUUCUGAAACAGGUCAAAUGGGGGCGUGGCCUAUUUGGAAAUUUGAAUUUAUUAGGGAGUCACGUGUCGCUUGUCUUAUCUGUUUCCUUCUUCUCAUCCCACCCACAAUGUACGAUUUUGUAUAAAUAUUCUCCUGAUCGAAACCUGAUUUCUUGUCUAUCAGAGACUUUUCUGUACUAUUCACAAUAUUUUUUCAUCUGGAAAUUCUGUCCAGAACUUUUCUUCCAACUCUAAUUUUUAGUAUUUGACUACAGUUCCACAUUGGAUCUCGCUCAAAGACAUGUCCUUCAAAACUCAUAUCAAGUUUGUCGUCGUCACUAUUAUCUACUUUGCUCAUAUCUACUUUCGACGCCUUCCCAUUACGCUUUUGCCACUGAUUAGGGAGGAAAUUGUGCUCACAAGUGAUGAUAUUGGAAUUCUCGUUUCUUCACAUGCUCUUCUUUACACGAUAGGACGUCUGUUAUUUGGAAUGGCAUCGGAUAGAUAUUCAAAAGUUGCUCUUUUACUACUGGGACUUGUCACUUGUGCAGCAUGCUCAGUUGGUUUAGCAUUUUCAAAUCACUUAUGGCAAAUGUUGAUUGCAAUGAUGCUUCUCGGAAUUGUACAAGGCGCUGGAUGGGUUCCGGCCACUCUACUAGUACAAUCGUGGUACUCCAAGUCUACCUACGGAACAAUGUUCUCAAUUCUCGCUUGUGGUUCUACAUUCGCUGGAAUUCUUCAGCCAUUUUCAAAGAAAUUUUACUGGCGUAAUGUAGAGCUGUAUACUGGAGCAGGAAUGCUUGUUUUCUCGAUAGUAUGCUUUAUUGUGCUCCGCGAGGAUAAUGUGUCUCCGAAGCAGACAGAAGAUGAUGAGGAACCAAAUCCAGAGAAAAAGAAGAAAGGAGGAUUGAGAACUAUUGUAGGAUCGAUUGUGAUUUGGCAUAUAUCUUUUGUUUACUUGUUCACCAUGGAGAUGCGUACAAUCUGUGAAACAUGGGUUCAACUUUUCCUGACCGACUCCAAAAUUUCCCCUGAUGCUUUCCAAAUUACCUAUGAAAUUGGUGGACUGGUGGGAACAAUGGCAUCUGGAAUUGUAAUUGAUUUGGCAACUCGUAAAUUUGAUGUGGAUGCAACCAGACGUGUGAUUGCUGUAUCGUACACCUGCCUGAUGAUGUUCUCAGCAGCCGGAAUUUUUGAGUUUGCGGAAUUGAGCUCAAUCUUUGGAUUCUUAGCUGGAAUGUUUGUUAAUGGAUCGAUUAAUGUUUGGUGCAUGAUUGCUUCACAAGCUGGGUUCUCGAAAAUUCAAGGAACUGUCAGUGCAUUCAUUUCGUUUAUUGCCAGCUCUGGAUCAAUGCUUGCUGGAACCCCUCUAGCAUACCUCAUCAGCGUUUUUGGCUGGAAAGUCUUUCUCUACAUCUUCUCAGUUCAACUCGUCAUCGUCCUCUUUGUAUCUUCAUUCCGUGUACGUCUUCGUAUGGAUACUACAGAAAAUGAAGCAUCUAAAAAUGAAAUAGAUGAUGACGAAAGUUCAGGAGUUUGCAGUACAGUUGUAGAUUCUCAAAGAAAUUUGACAAGUCUCAAUAAGAAAACUAGAAUUUCAAUGUUAUUAGCCCUUUACGCGACGAAAAAAAUUAAACCAUUUAGAGAUGUCUUAGCUUCUAAUAAGGUUUAAUUUUUGACAUUCACUAGAUUUUUAAUUGUACAUAUAGAUUUUUAAUUGUACAUAUAUGCAAUUUUUGAAAUUAUUACUCACAACAAAAAACAAAUUAAUUUUGUUUGGAAUCUCACUAAUUUUCAUAUACGGGAAGAUUUUUCUUUUUUUUUCAAUUGAAUACCCACUUCCAUUGUCAUAGCUUAACCACGAGUCAGAGUAUUAUCAUGAUUUUAUUGAUAAUUGUCAGUUUGACAAUAAAUUCAUAUUUUAUAUGUACAUUUUUCAUGCUUUAUCAAAAUUGUUCUGUUUGUUUCGAACCAUUUAAUAAACAAUUUCUAUGAUU